AUGCUUUCCAAAGCUUUGGCUAAAGCGAAUACUGCAGUAUUACUAGACAAUGCAGAAAACUUCGAAGGUGCCAUUGAAGCCUACCAAGAUGCGUGCGAGUUACUGCAAUUUGUUAUGCUCCGGAGCAAUGGAGGUGACGUGGAGAAGUACAAAUUAUUGGAAAUACGCAAAACUUACCUAAAUCGCAUUCAAGAACUUCUUCGGAUACAACUUCCUUCCAAUUUUAAUAAAGACAAGGCACUGCCUGAAAGACCGCCAAGCGGCCAAAGUUCUACACCUCAAGAGGAAGAACUGCCAGUUGAGCGGCACUACACCGAUGAGGAGGGCGUAGAAUAUCUUGCGGGACAAAACACUGAUAAUGAUGUGCCCGCGGUACCUAGUCUCAAUACCGUGCGAUUGCCAUCUAUAUCUGGCCCAGAUCUCAAUUUCUCGUUUGAAGAAUCGAGUACAGAUAUGAGCGGUGUCAACUCACGGGAAACUGAAGCACGGGGAUCAUCGCCUUCUCCUACCCGUCAAAGAUUCAUUUCGGACCCGGCUGAUUAUCAUGAUGAUCCAGAAACACGAAGUUCGACAGCGCACGCAUCGCAUACCUCUGAAGGGCAGGCUCCAGUCAAUGAUAGCCAAUCUACUUCAUGGCUGGACACUAUCGACGAGUCCGGGGCUUCUUCACCUGUGUCCACAAAACUAUCCUUGUACAUAGGUGGUACGCAUUCACAUCAUGCAAGUAAUGGUACAGAGGCUGAAUUUGAUGCUGCGCUAGACGCAGCCGUUGAAGCAGCCUAUGAUGAGGGUUUGGAACCCGCGCUGAACGAACAGGAGGGCUUUUAUGAUGAUGACGAUGAUUAUGAUGAUCACCGAGAUGACGAUUACGAUCACGAUGAUGUAGUAUCAAACGCUAGACGAAACAUUGAAAUUGCCAAGCAGCGAGUGCGGGAAGCCGAGAUGGAGGCCCAAGCUGUUAUGGCACGAGGCUUGCAGCAGCGGCUUAUGAUGCAGGACGAAUCUGCGCUCGUGUCCACCUACAAUGCUGAUGCCGAUUAUAUCGAUGAGGAGGCCGAGGAGGAAGAGCGCAUGUUAGAGGAGAUGACGAAAGGCUAUGUGAUGGAUGAUUUUGAAUUCAAUCUUCAUACCAAAACUGCACUUCCUAGACAGUCAGAUUCAAGUACAGUCUCCGGCAGAACAUGGGGCAGCUCGAUCACAUCAACUUCGGCAAAUUCAGCCACGGCCGGUACCUCUCUUUCGACGCUGGCAGAGGAAGGUAUUUUCCCCGGUGCGACAAUGCCGACCAAGCGACUUCCCCCGGUCCCAAAAAUACCAUCGGGAACCACACAGCAACCUAUUGCACCUAACAUGUCACCAUCUGCGGGCGUACGAGCUCGUCGCUUCUCCGGAUCUAAUACGAAGCAAUUGAAAAUCGACACUAAGCGUGUGACUGCGGGCUAUGAGCCAACCAAGAAAGAGCCGUUUUCAGCACAACCGGCCGGUCCUCCAUCGCCAGUACUACAGGUUGAACCCAAGACAAGCUUACCGAUAUUGACUAGCUCAAUGUCCAAACCAUUGCCGACUGGACCUUCUCAAAAGAAGGGUUCAUUCGACGUUUCAGCGGUAGGCCAGCGUAGUGCAAGUCUGACAAGGAUACCUACUCUUGAGGGAGAUUCUGUUGCGCGAUCUGUACAAUCCUCGCCUCCUAGAACAAUCAACAAGAUAAUUUCUGCUCCCGGCAUGCUUCGCAAGAACACGUCAUCGUCUAGUCUAGCAGGCAUGAGAGCAAGGAAUAUGUCAAUUUCGACCCCCGACAUUAAUGAAUCUCCUAAUACACCAUCAAGCAGCUAUUUUCCUGCUUUUGAUUUCCAACGGCAAUUAGCAAAUGGCCUCGUACCUGCAAUGCCAACGCCGAGCGGAGCGUCAUUUCCCUUGCUGACUUCUAAAAGUCUCCACCUCUUUGACAACGAUAUACAUUCGCCGACUACUCCCGGAUCGCCUAGCUCGACGAUCACCAACGCUCCUAUACCUCUGGAACCUUGUCCAGAAUCCUUCUUGUUGCGCCCUUUCUGGCUUAUGCGAUGUCUUUAUCAGACUAUUGCACAUCCACGUGGUGGAUAUCUGUCUACCAAGCUGUUCAUACCUAGGGAGGUAUGGCAUGUGAAGAACGUCAGGAUCAAAGCUAUUGAGGAUAAAAUCUCACUCUGUGACUUGUUGACGGCAGCUCUUCUGAAAGUCGCUCAAGUCGAUACAUAUGACGCAGAUGCUGUUUUGGAAGAAAUGCAGACUUUUGAGAAUAUUCUAGAUCAAGUCCAAACAACAUUUGCAAAGAAACUUGGCAAUGAGGUUGGGGUUCAAGGAGCGCUUCCAUUGUUCAAAAACGCAAACAUUGCUGAGGAGUCGCCGAUAAAUACCGAGAAUAUGGCGUCCAGGAGUUCGAGCCAAUCUAGCAGGUCUGUUCUCACUUCUUGGCGAAAACUUCGAUCGAAGAGCUCGGCAGCAGCGAGCACUAGCACGGCUCCAUCGACAUAUAGGGAUAGUGGUAAAAGCGGUUUGAGUAUGAGUACGUUACCCAUGACAGCUUCUCCUCCUAGUGGUCGCUUCACGAAGCGGGAUGUCAUGCAGCUUCAAUUGACUGGCCCGAAUGCGAAUUUUAUGGGAGCAUUGGCGCGAUUAUUCGAUGCCGCCCAAGUUCUGGAUCAAAUCGCGCGCCAAGUUGAAGACCCCGGACUGAAGCAUUCAUCGCCCACGCAUGUCGGACUGGAGUUGAGCACUCGUCACGCCGCAGAAUUCUUCGGAUUCUAUGUCUGCCGCUUCGCCCUGAAUGAUGUGGGCUUGCUACUCGAUAAAUAUAUCAAACGAGGCACUGAAUGGGUGCUCGUAUAA